CAGACAACCCAUGUCCAGGCAGCAUCUUUCUCGCCUCUUUGAUUCGAGCCAAGCAUUGGCAAGACACAACCAACCCUUGCGUUACGUUGGAUAAUCAUGACGUUGCGGUUUCUACUUUAAUGAGCCGCAUUCCAUCCCCUUUCUUUUGCUGACAACCCCAGAUUUACAACUUUUAGUCUGGGUAACGAGCACAAUGUCGUCGGUAUGGCGCCAAAUCCCGAUGUCACUACGAGAGCCCAGCAGGUGUUAGAGGCGUGGAGUCAGGGCUUUAAUGUUGGGGCUGUUGUUAUUCUGAUUUUAUUGGUUUUGUGCAAUUAUCGGAAGAAUACGCUUUUGCAUAAGCUUAUUCUCGGUGAGCUUCUUCUUGCACUUGGACAUGGGUUCUUCUGCUUUUUUGACGAGCCUGAAUAUGGAUGGGUUCUCAGCAGCACCGCAACUCUAUUAUAUAUCUCAUACCUCAUCCACAACCUGAUCGCAUGGCUAAAGAUCCGUCCAUUCCUACCAAAAUGGGGAGCCCGUAUCUUCAUCAUAUCACUUCUCAUUGUCCAACCCUACUGGGUUCUCGAAACCUGGGCCAAUUUUCAAUAUCACAACCAUCUCGGUAGCAAAAUCUUCAACACAUCACGACUACUCGAACCACUAUUCAGAGACCCCUGGUGGGUAUUUACGACUAUCAAAUUGGUUCUGGCCAUCAACGAGAACUACGAGUUUACGAUUCCUGGCCUUAUUCGAACAAGUCCACGAUUCGGAAUCAUGUUAUUCUGUUUGUUCCUGUCGAUCGUGUUUUUGAUCACUGAUGUCAUUUUCAUGAUAGCCGUGUCAAAAAGAGGAGGUAUCAAUCCUUUCUGGAGGCUCGCUUUGGUUUUCAAAUGUGCUUCUGAUGUCAUCUUUCUCGAUGACUUCAAAAGCGUACUUGACAGAAUCUCAGAAUCAGCCAUGCGAAAGAUUACAACAUUCGAAUAUCGAGAUAACGCAUCACCGUCUGUUAACCAACACACUUCUGUUGAUUUUGCCAGCCCUAGCUUUCAACGGAAAAGCUCGAGAUUCGGAUCAUCUUCGAGAGCGGAAAUGGGCUCUAUUCUGCAUCCAUUUGGGUCUCGAGAUGAUGGUCAUUAUGAAUUUGCUUCGAACUAUAGCCAGGCUUCUGUGGAAGAUGGCGCUGCACGACCAUGGCAUGAAGGCGAUGCAAGACGAUCGAGUUCUCACUCUCCACGACGGACAGGGGAAUCUCAGGAUAAUAUGAUCACUAUACAAGAGGCACGUGUUUUAAUGAUAUAUGCAGGGGUUUGACUGACUUGAUGACAGGAUGAUAGGACCAACGAAGUGGAGGAUAUUCCGAUGGAGCCAGUACCGGCGCGGACAAGGAAUGAUCAGUCCCGAUAGGCUAUCCGGUAGUAAGUAUAAGAAAACGAGAUAGGUAUAUAAAAGGUAUAUUAUAAAAU